GCCAUAUUGAGUGUUGGAGAUAGCGUUCAAUUUCGUAUCAAUUCUUGAAAUUGUGGCGUCUAAUGUUGAUAGAGGAACAUUUUCGCGUAAAUUGUACGUUGAGAUUGUUUAGGGAAACAUAAUUUUGACCGAUGUUUGUUAUAAAAGUGUGUAUAAGUGCCAAACCUAAGUAAUUCUCUUUGAGAUCAUUGUGCGGUUUCGACAGAAGAUGGUGAGAGGCAACCGUGAAGUAUAGUCGACCAAUCUCAUUACUGAUAGUUCAUGAUGGCCGAUGGUUGACUAUUGUUUAAUAAAUAUGUGCCUUGUGAGAUGCAUCGGCUAUCGAACACUCUGUAUAUUGACUUUUUGGCGCCUUUUCUUUUAUAUUUUCGCAAAUAAAGUAAAUGUUUUAUGUUGAAAGUACGAUAAAUAGUGAUUACUAGUUUACUAAUUCGGUAAGCCGUAGCAUUGGGCCAGCGCUCGGCUCUGGCUUGGUAAACAGCAGAUUACAACUAUUUUGCUAUGGCUGAUCAUCUUGUGGAUGGACCGCCAAAUGCAAAGCGGCCCAAAUUGGAUGCCUUUCAGGGCUCUACAGAUACUUCAGCUUACAACAACUAUGGCCUGAGCUCCAGACAAGGUAUGACACCUCCACUUGGUGGUAGCCUUUCCAACUCGCUGCAGCAUUGGAGCAAUUAUCAUCCACAAAAUGUUUUAUCUAAUAUGGACAUGUUCGAUUUGGAGAACAAUUUACCUGAUGAGCUCAUGUCUUCGUCCAGCUGGGGUAUUACAGACAACAUGGGUACAAGUAAGCCUCCAGCUCAAGGACCAGGUCCUGGUAAUAUGCAAAACGGAAUGGACUCAAAUGAUAAUUCAGCAAACUCGAAUCUUAGACAGAUGCAGCUUAACCAUAUACUACAACAGAAUAAACAAAACCUUGUUGGAAACGCCCUGGCAAUGGCGGGAGCCCAAUUGGGCAAUAAGAGUCCCAAUUUACAAUCUGCACCUAAUGUUUCUGUUGCCAAGGGCGUAGUUGAUCAAAUGAACCUCGGUAGUCUGCCUUCUAGCAUUGCAAACAAUUCAGGCUUGCAAUCUAUGGCAAACAACGGCAGUUCUUCACAAGUUAUGAGUUCCAUGCAACAAGGAAUGAACAAUAACGCCAGUGGAAAUAUGAUUAUGACAAAUAGUAAUAUGGGUUCCUUGACUGGAAUGGCUGGUGGUGGUCUUGUGGUAAGCAGUAGUAGCAUAAAACAAGGGCCUCUCUCAAAUGCUACCAACAUGCAGGCACCCAGCCAGCAACACCAUCCUGGUCAUUCAGUACCACCGAUUAUUCAAGAAAAAAGAGAUUUUCAGUAUGAAAUCCUCAUGUUACAGAAUAUGCAAAACGGACCACUCAUGAACAGAGUAGCAAUAGAGCAACAUUUGAACACUCGCGCCCAAAGACCCCACGGUGUAGCAACCAGAAUGCAGCCCCCAAAUCUCAUACAAAUGGGACCAUUGUCCCAAAGUUUACCUGUAAAUACUCCAUAUUCUUAUCCAAACCCCACACAAGGACCGCAAGGUGUUCAAGUAGGGGGGAACAUUGCUACUCCUCAGCAUCUAAACAGAAUUGGUAUUGCCCAACGAUUUGGUGGACCAACAGCGGUCGGAAAUCAAACAGUGGGCGAAGGAGGCAUUGCUCAGACGCAGCCUCCAGCACCUUCUCCAGCACAACCUCAAUCUGGUGCUCCUAGCAGUUCCCAACCUGGGCCUCAAGCUGCCACGCAAAAUCCACAAGGAGCACCUCCUCCAUCCAGUGACCCAGAGAAAAGAAAAUUGAUUCAACAGCAACUUGUUUUGCUUCUACAUGCACAUAAAUGUCAAAGACGGGAAUCUCAAGCAAAUGGUGAAAUAAUCAAUCCAUGUACGCUGCCACAUUGUAAGACAAUGAAAAACGUAUUGAAUCACAUGACCACCUGUCAAGCAGGGAAAAGUUGCUCAGUUGCACAUUGCAGUUCAUCGAGACAAAUUAUCAGUCAUUGGAAACAUUGCAUUAGGAAUGAUUGUCCAGUUUGUCUGCCUCUGAAACAAGCUGAUAAGAGUAGAAAUAACCAAAAUGCUGCAACGGCUCAAGCUAAUAUUCCACAGAACAACCCUCCUGCCACAGUUGCCAAUCAAAGUCCAGAUCUGAGAAGGGUCUGCGACACAUUGGGAAUACAAUACUCGACGGCUAUGUCUUUGUCCUCUGCUUCCCCGAGCUUGAUGACCAAUUCGACGCAAAGACCAAAUAUACGAUUACAAGGAGGACCUCUGUCGUUAGGGGGACAAAAUAUGGGUAAUGUAGGUGCCGUUAGAGUGAUGAACCCUCAGGUUCAGGUUAUCCCUAGCGUGAACGUAAGUCAACCUCUGAGCAGUGAUCCUUCAUCCAAUACAUCUCAGACGACAUCAUCACAAUCGACGAGCAUGCAGCAGGGUGUCAGUAACGUUAUGUUUGGUUUGACAUGUAGCGGAGAGUCGCUUUCACAAAAUUUGGUCAGUCAGCUCCCUCCCGGUAUCCAAGCUGGACAAGUAACGGCAAAUCCAGUUCAAGGUACAAAAGAAUGGCACCAGUCUGUGACACCGGAUUUGAGAAAUCAUUUAGUGCACAAAUUAGUCCAAGCUAUUUUUCCGACUCCCGAUCCACAGGCGAUGCUCGAUAAGAGAAUGCAUAAUUUGGUUGCAUACGCUCGGAAGGUGGAAGGUGAUAUGUACGAGAUGGCCAAUUCUAGGUCGGAGUAUUAUCAUCUGCUGGCCGAAAAGAUUUAUAAAAUACAAAAAGAGUUAGAGGAGAAGAGGAUCAAAAGGAAGGAACAACAGAUGCAACAGCAACAAGUACCCAAUCAGCAACAGGUUCAGCAGCAAACUCAACAGCAACAACAGCAGCAGCAGCAACAACAACAGACGAUUAGAGCAGGACUAUCUGGUGUAGUGAAUGUGGGCGUUGUUCCGAUGUCUGUAGGUGUGUCUGGCAUUCCCAGUGGUAUGGCGCAACAAUCAAAUAUGAGAAGUUGCUCUCCUAGUGGUACGAAUCGUUUGGCUCAAUUGCCUAACCAACAACAAGGAAAUCGAUUGUUAUAUCCCAUUCAACAACAAUCGAAUCAAACACAGCAGCAAAACCAACAAAAUCAGCAACAAAACGUUAGUUUACCAGGCCCAAGUCCGACUUCUUCUAAUACCUCGGGAAUAGCCGGUAUGUCCCCAUUCAGCUUACCAUCUUCAAUGAGUCAAACUGGUAGUGUUCCUACACCAAACAACAAUCAGUUCCAACAAACUGUCAGCAACGGUCCCUCGAGCUUACCAUUAGCCUCGCCUGUGGGUUCUAAUAAUUCCCAACAGAACCAGUUCAAUGACUCUUUGAAAAAUAGGCUGGCACCUUCACCUUCACCCCUUUCUAUGCAACAACAACAACAACAGAAUAUGCAGCAAUCGAAUCAACAACAAAGUCAAGUCAAUAAUGCCAAUAGUGCUCAAAAUUUGCAAUCGAGAAUGGACACAACGCCGGUUCCUACACCACAUCCUCCAAGUACAGGUCCUAAAUCGGUGAACUCCUCCAGGGGGCCAUCACCAGCCCCUGCAACUCCUAUUCAGUCAUCACCAGCCACAGCCUCUAGUUUAGGUAAAGGUAUGAGCAGCGCCGAACGAGCCGCUAUGAACGCCCCAAGGCAAUCUUCAGCGUCAUCACAACUGGCAGCCAUAAUGGCCGCUCACGAUCGUGACGAGGAUUCUCCGUCACCGUCCAACGGCCGUGGUGGUAAGCUGGAUCAGAUCAAGACGGAAGAAACGCCGAUCGAUGUUAAACAGGAAGUAGUCGACGAUGCCGAUGUCAGUCAAGAUGGCGGCAAAAACAUGAAGAACGAUUAUUCCAGUGCCGACUUUAAAACUGAAUUCAAGACUGAGAUGUGCUCAGAAACUGGAAAUCGCGGAGAAUCGGCUGGAGGAACUGAUGGCAGUAUGGAUGUUAAGGUUAAAGAGGAACCGGGAGAAUCUUCUGCAGAUAUUAAGCCUAAUGUGAAUGAUAUUCCUCUGGUACCUAUAUCAUCCUCUUCUGACGGAAAACCUAGGAAGUGCAUUUUCCAACCUGAUGAGUUGAGGCAGAAACUUAUGCCCACAUUGGAGAAACUCUAUAGGCUAGAUCCUGAAAGUAUGCCUUUCAGAGUACCUGUUGAUCCACAAUCAUUAGGCAUACCGGAUUAUUUAGAGAUUAUAAAGAAGCCAAUGGAUUUAUCCACAAUCAAAAAGAAGUUGGAUAUGAAUCAGUAUACGGAUCCUUGGGAAUAUGUGGAUGAUGUUUGGUUGAUGUUUGAUAACGCUUGGUUAUACAACAGAAAAACGAGCAGAGUUUACAGAUAUUGCACUAAGUUAUCGGAGGUGUUUGAACAAGAAAUCGAUCCUGUUAUGCAGUCAAUGGGAUACUGUUGUGGAAGAAAAUACACAUUCAACCCACAAGUAUUGUGUUGCUUUGGCAAGCAACUCUGCACUAUACCAAAAGAUGCAAAGUAUUAUUGCUACCAGAAUGGCUUGAAUGCGCUAGGUUUAGGAUCAGAUAAAUAUACAUAUUGUCAAAAGUGUUUUAACGACAUUCAAGGAGAUACUGUCACUAUUGGCGAUGACCCUAGCCAAGCUCAAACUGCCAUUAAAAAAGACCAAUUCAAAGAAAUGAAGAACGACCAUUUGGAGAUGGAAGCCUUCGUUCAUUGUACAGACUGCGGAAGGAAGCUGCAUCAGAUAUGCGUAUUACACAAUGAAAACAUAUGGCCGCAAGGCUUCACUUGUGAUGAGUGUUUAAUGAAGAAAGGACAGAAACGUAAGGAGAACAAGUUUAAUGCCAAAAAGUUGCAAACCACUAAGUUAGGCGUUUACAUCGAAACACGGGUCAACAAUUACCUCAAGAAGAAAGAGGCCGGUGCGGGCGAAGUUCAUAUUCGCGUGGUAUCAAGUUCAGACAAGGUUGUGGAAGUGAAACCUGGCAUGAGGAGUAAGUUUGUCGAAAACGGCGAAUUGAGCGGUGAAUUCCCAUAUCGCGCGAAAGCUCUAUUCGCCUUCGAGGAGGUGGACGGAGUGGACGUUUGCUUUUUCGGCAUGCACGUGCAAGAGUAUGGUUCGGAGUGCCCGCAUCCGAACACUCGUCGCGUUUACAUCGCCUACUUGGACUCUGUGCACUUUUUCAAACCGCGACAAUUCAGGACUGCUGUCUAUCAUGAGAUACUGCUAGGUUAUAUGGACUAUGUAAAGCAAUUAGGAUAUACGAUGGCGCAUAUAUGGGCGUGCCCGCCGUCUGAGGGUGACGACUAUAUAUUCCAUUGUCAUCCCCCAGAUCAAAAAAUACCCAAGCCCAAGAGAUUGCAAGACUGGUACAAGAAGAUGCUCGACAAGGGUAUCAUUGAACGAAUUGUUUUUGAUUACAAGGAUAUACUUAAACAAGCAAUGGAGGAAAAUCUGAGAUCAGCGGCAGACCUUCCGUAUUUUGAGGGAGAUUUUUGGCCUAAUGUUCUAGAGGAAAGUAUAAAAGAAUUGAAUCAAGAGGAAGAAGAGAAGAGGAAACAAGCCGAGGCUGCGGAGGCUGCUGCUAAUGCGAUAUUUUCCUUAUCCGAAGAUAGUGAAACUGGGCCCGAUGGCAAAAAAAAGGGUCAGAAAAAAGCCAAAAAGAGCAAUAAAUCCAAAGCAAAUCAAAGAAAAAAUAGUAGUAAGAAAUCAAAUACUCCACAGACGGGAAAUGAUCUUUCCGCUAAAAUUUUCGCAACCAUGGAAAAACACAAAGAGGUAUUCUUUGUUAUUAGGCUUCACUCUGUUCAAUCUGCUGCAAGUUUAUCGAAAAUUCAAGACCCUGAUCCAUUUAUUCAAUGCGAUCUUAUGGAUGGUAGGGAUGCCUUUCUUACAUUGGCCAGAGAAAAACAUUACGAAUUCUCGUCUUUGCGGAGAGCUAAGUACAGCACCAUGUCAAUGCUUUACGAAUUACAUAAUCAAAGUCAAGAUAAAUUCGUGUAUACUUGUAACAACUGCAAGGCACAUGUGGAGACUCGAUACCAUUGCAAAGUCUGCGAUGAUUUCGAUCUUUGUCUGCAGUGUUACGAAAAGGAUGGCCAUCCUCACAAGAUGGAGAAACUUGGUUUCGAUUUGGAUGAUGGUUCAUCUCCAAGUGAUUCAAAACUUGCCAAUCCCAAUGAAGCGAGGAAACUUUCUAUACAGAGGUGCAUUCAUUCUUUGGUGCACGCUUGUCAGUGUAGGGACGCUAAUUGCCGGUUAACAAGUUGUUUGAAGAUGAAACGAGUUGUUACACAUACUAAGAUGUGCAAGAGAAAAACCAACGGAGGAUGCCCCAUUUGCAAGCAACUCAUCGCGCUUUGCUGUUACCACGCCAAGCAUUGUACAGAGACCAAAUGCCCUGUGCCUUUCUGUUCGAACAUAAAGCAUAAGCUCAAGCAACAACAACUGCAGCAGCGUUUACAGCAGGCCCAACUAUUGAGACGCCGUAUGGCUGUAAUGAACACCAGAACUAUGCCGCAGGGUGCUGCUGCAGCCCUCCCCGGUACCAAUAACGUCGCCAUGAGUCCUGCUGGUGUUCAAUCUGUCGUUCCGGGUGCAGUCAGUCCUGCCAACACCAUGAAUGUGAUGGGCCUGGGUAACACGGGUCUGGGAUUACCAUCACCUCACCAACCGGGUGUCGGCUUGAAGCCGGGCACGCAGACUCCUCCAGCUAACGUAAUGCAGGUGGUCAAGCAGGUACAAGAAGAGGCGGCCAGACAACAAGCGCCUCACGUCGGUUUUGGUAAAGUAAAUCCCGGAGGUGGAAUGCAAGGGCAGAACAUGCCGCCUCCUCAAAUUCGAUCUCUAAGCCAUGUUGGACCAGCUCAAGGUGGAAAUUUAUUGUCUAUGGACCAAUGGCAGCGUUAUCCGGGUGGAGUUGGCCAAGGUAUAAGACAACAAGGACCUCAAAUAAUGCAAUCUCAGAACACAAUCGGGCAACAAGCAAUGCAAGGACAGCAAGCUGGUAUCAGGUCUACUGGUGCCGGACCACAAAAUCCAAAUGCAAUGAUGCAGAAACAAGCUUUACAACAAUUGAUGUUGACACUUAGAUCACCUCAAUCUAACGAACAGCAGGCUCAAAUUCUUCAAAUUUUGAAGUCUAAUCCACCUUUGAUGGCCGCUUUUAUUAAGCAAAGACAACAACAACAACAGGCUGGAGGCACAGUGAGUGGAGCUGCACCUCAACAACUGCAACAUAUGCUCAGUCAACAAAAUCCUGCUGCCCAACAACAUCAGAACAGGUUGCAACUCCAAGGUGGGAUGUUGAAUCAAGGUCCAAAUCCUAAUUUGAAUCAAGGUCCUCAAGGCCAAUCACUGCCAAGCCAGCAACAUUGGCUUAAACAUCAACAAAUGCUAGCAAUGCAGCAGAGGACGCAGCAACAGCAACACCAAGGUCAACAGUUGCAGCAAACUUUUCAACAGCCGAGUGCGCCUCCUUCCUAUCAACGACUUCCAGCCAUAAGGCAACCGCACAUGGGUUAUAACAAUUCCUUCACAGAUCAAUCGUACUCUCCCAUGCAAGGAUUGAAACCUACUCCUCCAAAUGUACAAAGUCCCCAAGGAGUGAUGGGUCCCCCUCCUAUAUCGUCCUUGCAGCAGCAACAACAGCAGCUGAUGCAGAGUGUUCGAAGUCCGCCACCUAUACGAAGCCCAACUCCUAGCCCUUCAUCCAGACCUAUGCCUAGUCCGAGGAAUCAAGCAAUACCAAGUCCACGAGGACCACAGCAAUCUCCACACGAUAUAGCUACGACAGAAAUGCUUCUAGGCCAGAACCAUGCAGGAAGUGGUCUUCAUCCGCAUCCUUCGCCAGUAGGUUCUGGUCAAGAAGUGGGUGAUUCCACCACCAUGACGCCUCAGGAUCAAUUAAGCAAAUUUGUAGAACAGCUUUAGUGGUGAGUUAAGGCUCGGGCGAUAUAAUCCUGAGAAGAAAGAAUCAUUAGUGAGAAAAAAUUGCAUUGGAUAAACCCACAACGGAUGUGUGUUGUGGGUAGGGAACAAAAUGCAUUUCGACUUUGUUGAGAAGAAACAUUGACUGAAUUGGUCAUAAAUAGAGCAGCCGCUGUAUAGCUUUGCCUUAGUUGAGGAAACUUUUAAUGACAAGAAAAUAAAGUGUAACUGUACAUAGAUUAUGUAGAAUAUGAAAGACUGGAAAAUUUUUAUUAUCAAAGUGUAAAUAUGUUUAAAAUAGCAGAUUUGUAUAUUAUAUACAUACAUUAUAAAUACCUUAUACAUAAUUAUGAAAAUAUAAAAUUAGCGAUAUGUUUACCUAAUUUAGGAUAUAAAAGAUACCCAAAAGUAUUGGCUUUUUGAGGCUGUGCUCUUAACUUAAAUGGAUUGUUACCUACUCAAGGGAGGCGGAUGACGGAAGGGUUGAGCUAUGCGCGUGCUGCUGGUGACUUUGAAUUGUUUUUUUUUUUAACACAACUCUGUAUUCUACCGCGAAAGUGACCACGGUUAGUGUAUAGCUAUUUUUACCGAGACUGUUGGUGUCGUGUCGGUAGCUAUUGUGAUGGGACCGAAUGGUUCCCGUUUGUUUUUAUAUAUAAUAUAUAUAUAUUUAUAAUUUAUAUAUCGUCUUGUUUUUGUGUGUUUCUACAUUCCACGCCAGUGUGGAGUGGUGCUGGCAUCCUGACAAUCUUGACCCUGCCAGUGCAAUACUUACACUACACUCCCUCCUAAUUUAUUAUCGAUCAUCAUUCGUGUAGAUUAACUAGUGUUAAGUAUUAUAUAAAAACAAAUAAAAAUGAUUCAACAAAUACAUUACCUUCAAUUUUCAUUAUAGAUAAAAUUUUUAUUUUUAUUAAUAAGAGUUUUAUUUUGUUUUAUUUUUUUUUUGACCUUGUAGAGAGCAGUCCAAAUUGAGUUCAAAUCAUCGAAGCUAAAUUAUUUGUAUUUAAUUUAUUGAUAAAUUCAAUUGAUGAUGUUGAUAUACAAUAGUCAACUUCUGGAAUAAUGAAUAUUAAAAUUAUUCUUUAUUAUAA